GUCCGGUUCUGGCAUACUGCACGCAUAUACCUCUUUGCACGAGACAAAACUAUGGCGGGCCUUUUAAGUAAAUUCAAAAUGGACGAUUUGGACCAGAGUGACAGUGAAGAGGAUGGAAAGAUGAAGAGUACUAAAAGUAUCAGUCCACAUGGAAUAUUUGUGCAAGGUCCAUGUCCAGCACAGCGAUGGCCUGUUCCAGAUCAGGGGGACAUCAUUAACAGAGAGUCAGAGUUCAUACUCGAAGUAGGUGGUUUCACAGCAGCAGCUUUGGAAAAAAAAACAACCCUUGAGAGUGUGAAAAAGAACCUAAAAGCACAUCUGAGGGAAAAGUUUAAAUGCAUUUAUGAAGGCAUCUCAACCACUCAUUCACGUCUGGAAAAUAUCUAUACGAGACUGUUCAUCACACAACAAAAUGAGGAUUAUGACUGCAGAUCACAUGAGAUUCUGGAUCACUUCAAAGUCCCAAAUGAGGGAGCACUGCCUUCUCAGUUUGAACAGAUCAACAGCCUGGAUAUCUUCAAACAAGGAAGAAGUUUCUUCCAACCACAACCUGUAACUCACAAAUCCAUCCAGAGGGUGAUGACUAAAGGGAUAGCCGGCAUUGGAAAGACUGUUGCGGUCCAAAACUUCGCCCUAGACUGGGCACAGGGAAAAUCCAACCAGCACAUUGACUUCAUCUUCAUGCUUCCCUUUAGAGAGCUGAACAUGCUCAAAGAGGGUGAAUACACACUGCUGGAACUUCUUCUUCACUUCUACCCUGAGCUGAGGCCACUUAAAGACGCACAGAAACUCCUUCAAAAGCAAGUGCUGUUCAUUUUGGAUGGCUUAGAUGAAAGUAGAUUUUCUCUGGACUUCAAAGGGGCCAUGACAAUAACUAACCCUGACCAGAAAGCAACGGUGAAUGUGCUGCUGACAAAUCUCUUAAAAGGAAACCUCCUGCCCGAUGCUCUGCUCUGGGUUACUUCUCGUCCUGCAGCGGCUGGUCAGAUUCCCUCUAAAUACAUUGAUCAAGUGACAGAAGUCCAAGGGUUUACUGAGCAACACAAGGAGGAAUACUUCAAGAAGAGAUUCAACUCUGCUGGUCAAGCCAAGGAAGUCCUAGAACAUCUCAGAGGGAUGAUCAGCUUCUACUUCAUGGGUCAUAUCCCAAUCUUCUGUUGGAUUAUAGCUGAAGUAUUCAAGGCAGGAUGGAGUGAUCAGAGGAGUCGAAGGAUCACAACAAUGACAGAGCUGUACAUUUAUUAUUUGCUCACUAAAACCCAAAGAACAGCGCAGAAGUAUGGACAGAAGGCUCGAAAGAAGAAGCAGACAAAGGAUGCAGCCAUGAUUUUAAAUCUGUCCAAGCUGGCGUUUGAGCAGCUGCAGAAAGGAAACGUCAUAUUCUACAAGGAGGACCUCCAAGAGUGUGGCAUUGACCUUCACAAAGCUUCUGAGUUUUGUGGAUUUUGCUCAGAAAUCCUGAAGCAAGAACGCGGCCUGUACAAGACAAAAAUGUUCAGUUUUGUGCAUUUAAGCUUCCAGGAGUUUCUCGCUGCAUUGUACGUGUUCCACUGCUGUAUGACGAAGGACAUCAGCCCUCUGAAGUCUUUCCUACAGGUUGAUCCUACUGAGCUGGGAUUGCUGGAGUUGCAGAAGAGAGUUGUGGACAAAGCCUUGAAAAGUGAGAAUGGUCAGUUGGACCUGUUCCUGUGCUUCUUCCUAGGAUUCUCAUUGGAGUCCAAUCAGAAGAUGCUGCAAGAUUUACUACCACAAACAAAGAGCAGCUCAGAGACUGCUGAAGAGGUGAAGAAGUACCUGCAAAAUUUUAAUGCAGGAAACAUCCCACAAGAAAGGUGUAUGAAUCUGCUCCUCUGCAAGUUUGAGCUCAAAGAGGAGAGAUUUCAGGAUGACAUCAGGAGGUAUCUGGAUGCAGGAGCAAAACUCACGCCCAUUGACUGUUCAGUGCUGUCCACCAUGCUGCAGAUAUCUGGAGAGCUGGUUGAGGAAAUGAAUCUAGCCAACUGCUAUACACCAAUCUAUGGAAUUGAGAAACUCGUCAGGGUAAUGGCAAAGUGUAAGAGAGCCGUACUCAAGAGUGAUCAACUAAAAGAUGAGUGCCUUGAGAUUCUGAUUUCCAUCCUUCUGUCAUUGGACUCAUGCUUGCGAGAACUUCACCUGGUGUGCGUUUAUAACUCCAACCUUUCUCUUCAUCACGCUCUCUUGGAUGUUCUAGAUAGACCUGACUGUAAACUGGAGACACUGAGAUUGUCCGGGUUCACUCUAGAUUUUAGACGCUGUCAUAUCCUAGCCUCCAUCCUUCAAUCAAAGCACACAUCUCUGAGAGCCCUGGACCUGACUGACUGCAUAUACAGUUACCAAAGUGAAUAUUACUCCAAAGAAGUGGAAGAAAAGAAGGAAUACGAGGAUUUUAUUGACGAGUUAACUCUGCUGACUUUCAUUCCUGCUGGACUGAUCGGUCCUGUCUGUAAACUGAGGAAGUUCAGGUGAAGUUUCUGUAAUAGAGACCUUGUUA